GGUCGCGAAUCAUGGUCUCGUCGCGGCGUCCACUCCACGCUCCAUGGGUUGAUCCGCGCGUGGAAUUCGUGGCCAUCGACUUCCUCGCGCCCGUCGAGGAGAUCAUUGCCCAGCUGAAGCCCAUCUGCGCGCCUGUCACCCAUGCAUACUUCGCCUCGUACGUCCACGACGAUGAUUUCCAUAUUCUGGGGGACAAGGAAGUGCCGCAGUUUCGCAAUUCUAUGGACGUCGUGGAUACAGUAUGUCCUGUCUUGCAGCGCGUGAGUCUGCAGACUGGCGGCAAGUACUAUGGUGUCCAUCUGGGGCCCGUCAAAGUCCCGCUGGACGAAUCGUUCCCUCAGUACGACGACCAGGGGUAUAACUUCUACUACAACCAGGAGGAUUACCUCCGGGAGGUGCAGACGAGACGCCGCUGCUGGUCGUAUAAUGUUAUCCGUCCGAGUGCGAUCAAUGGCUAUGCGCCGCAUGCAAACGGCAUGUCGGAGGCAUUGACGGUCGCGAUUUACAUGCUGAUCUGCCGCGAGCUGGCUCAACCCGCUACCUUCCUGGGCAAUGAGUAUUUCUGGAACUCGAUUGAUGAUAAUUCCUAUGCGCCCAGUUUUGGCGGAUCUGACGGUCUGGGCUUCGAUGCAGGACCACUGCAAGGACCAGGCGCACCGGAGCCCAAUUUUGAGACGGCUAAGAGACAGGCUAAGACGCUACGGAAGGAGAUUGACAUGUUAGAGUGGGCUAAAGACAAGCAGGAGGUGUGGGAUAGUGGCAAGGCCGAGGCCUGCAGCUGGGGUACCUGGGGCUUCUUCGACGGGGCUACGGGGAAGCCCCGGUUGACGUUUUCAUCCAUCAACAGGCAAGGAAGUAUGACUUUCCGCUCGUUCGAGAACGCCCGUGUCCUUCCUUCGCACAAAGCCUUGACGGGAAGAAAGUAA